GUAGUAACCCUUGCCUGAAAAGCGGUAACUCUCCAUUUGACGUUUUAAUUACGAAAUUGUAAGCAAAGCAAAGACAGAAGGAUAAAAAAUGGCUCGUAAUGCAGAGAAGGCUAUGACUACACUCGCGCGAUGGCGUGCUGCUAAAGAAAUUGAGUCCGGUGAAAAGGAUCGCCGACCGUACUUAGCUUCGGAAUGUUCAGAUUUAAGUAAAUGCGAGAAAUAUCGCUUAGAAAUCAUACGCGAGAUUUCGAAGAAGGUGGCACAAAUCCAAAAUGCGGGUCUUGGUGAGUUUCGCAUACGCGAUCUAAACGAUGAGAUAAAUAAGCUGUUACGAGAAAAACGCCAUUGGGAAAAUCAAAUAUCAGCGCUAGGCGGUCCGCAUUAUCGGCGUUAUGGCCCGAAGAUGUUUGAUGCUGAGGGUCGGGAAGUUCCCGGCAAUCGUGGGUAUAAAUAUUUCGGAGCCGCAAAGGAUUUGCCAGGAGUUCGUGAGUUGUUUGAACAGGAACCUCCACCGCCACCUCGUAAGACUAGGGCAGAACUUAUGAAAGAUAUUGAUGCCGAAUAUUAUGGAUAUAGAGACGAUGACGAUGGCAUAUUAAUUCCAUUAGAGGAACGCGUAGAGUAUGAUGCUAUCCGGGCAAGUGUUCAAGAAUGGAAAGAUAAAAUGGCCACUGACGGAAAAUUCGUAUUAGAUGAUGGGGAAAAUGAAGAAGACGACAUAUAUCCGUUAUCGAUACCGGCACGCGAAGCGGCCGAAGAAAGAAAAGAAAGACAAAAGGAAAAUAAUCCAAUGGAAUUAUUGGCGCCAAAAUUCACUGCACAUGUUCCAGUACCGUCUCAGAAGGAUGUGGAGGAAGCAUUGCUAAGAAAACGAAAGCAAGAGUUAUUGGAAAAAUAUGGAGGUGAUUUAGAUGAAUAAACUAAUAAAAUUUCAGUUUUUGUAUAAAAUGCUAUUUUUCUCUGUUGAGCUCAAGUUGCACAAAUGAAC